CGGUGGAGAACCGAGAGCUCCGUGUACGCUGCAGACGCCCUGGCAGUGGGGUUGUCUCCGGAAGGCGGACCGGCGAACGCCUAGUGCCCGCACCCCACCGCCUGCCGCGCCUGUCUGCGCCCCUGACAUCCUUACUCGGGACGCGGUGACCGUUUUUAAAUCACAAGGGCGUGGGUCAGCCUCCCCUAGGACUUCAUGUCUGUAUAUUUCCCCAUUCACUGCCCCGACUAUCUGAGAUCCGCCGAGAUGACUGAAGUGAUGAUGAACACACCAUCCAUGGAGGAGAUGGGCCUCAGCCCCCGAAAGGACGGCCUUUCCUAUCAGAUCUUCCCCGACCCGUCGGACUUUGACCGCUGCUGCAAGCUCAAGGACCGCCUGCCGUCCAUCGUGGUAGAGCCCACGGAGGGCGAGGUGGAGAGCGGGGAGCUCCGGUGGCCCCCCGAGGAGUUCUUGGUCCAGGAGGAUGAGCCGGACAACUGUGAAGAGACAGAGAAAGACAACAAGGAGCAAUAGAGUCCCUGUCGACUCCCUCGGGGGCCACACCAGACGGCAUCUGUCCCAGAACUGUGUUCUUUCCCAUUGUGAUGGAAGAAGGGAGUGAGCCACAGUCGUUCUGAAAAUGUCAAAUGAUGGCUUCCGUUUUGCACCUGCAAAUCACCGAGUUGGUUUUCUUUUCUUUUCUUUUCUUUUUUUGAAACGUGCUGGGCAGUGGAGCCCUCUGCGACCAUUUGCAAGGCCUUCUGAGAAAGGAAGCUGCUUAGAGCAGGGGUGGGGGGUGCGGGGAGGGAGGCGGUGCAUCUUCGAGAUGGGUAUCUGAAUGGGCGCAGGCUAGAGGCAGCGGCGGGAUUCCAGGGGGCCCUGGGGGACUGGGGAGGGGGGUAGGGAGUUGUGCAUCGCCAGUAAGAAACAUUCAGGUUAAGAGAACCAAUGGGAGACAGGAGACGGAAGAUAAAAUACCCGUUUGAAAGGAAGCCUUGAGCAGAGGAGGGCCUCUGGGAAGUUGCCUGCCAGUGGCUGCUGGGGCAUCCGAAAACAACACGUUCCUCACUCUCUCCAGCUCUGCCCACCACCAGCCUUUGCUUUUAUGUCAGCUAUGUUGGUCUGUUCACGGGAGGCUGGGAAAGAAAAGCAGCAGAAACCGGCAUCUGCAAAGCCGGCUGGAGGCAAGCGUGGGAAAGGAGGAUUCCCGGCUCCUCCUCCAGCCUCUGCUCUGGCUGUGGCAGGUUCUGGAGGUUUCUUAAGAGGCAGCACUCUUGAGCUUCUCUCUCCUGAUUUAUCCUUUUGCCCUCCCCCAGCCCUUUAGGAGGAACAGGAGCACUUCCCACUCUGGUGGGGACACUGAGGUGGACGCUGGACAUGAAGACCCCUCCCCCCUGCUCCCCCAGGCUUGCUCUGUUCUGAGCAGAGGCACAGAGCCCUGGCUGGCUCUACCAGGCCGGCCCUCCUUCUCCUUAGCACCAUCUCUGCAGCCCCUGGGCCGAGCAGUCAGGCGGAGGUGACUCCCAGCCUGACCCGCGGUGGUACCCACUCCCGCAUGGGCUCCCAGUCCCUUUUUCUGGUGGGAGCUGAGUGGAGAGAAGAGGAGACUCUUUCUGUUUCUUGUUGGGAAAGUGAGCUUUAAGGGAGGUCCUAGAUCUGGGAUUAUCUGAUGGGGGUAACAGGGCUCUCAUGCAGCAGCCUGGGGACUAAGCGUGAAACUGAAGGGGUCAUGAGAUCCCCCUGGUUUCUCCUUGUGCUCUGGACGUAGGUAGAUGGAUGGCAUGGUGAGGGAGCACUGAGUAUUGGUCCUCAUCCCUCUCUGCCCCUCACUUGUCCCCUACAAGGGCACAGUUGCACGAGAAAGCUAGCCUCGGACUUAGAGCUUCUUAUAGUUAAGAACCAUCUGGAGCAGUCGGUUGCAGGACACACUCUUGGAACCUUCUCUAGCUUUCAGCACAAGUGUGCAGCUGAGAGCUGAGCUCCAGAGCCUCCUGGAGGCUGAACUGGGCCCACGGAGGCACGCUGGUAGCCCUCCCGUGGGUCUGGGUUGACCCCAGUUUGGGACUUGUGUAUAGAGCUGUAUUUAAUACCUCAAGGUUAGUGGGGUUCCGGGGAUCUGGGGCAGGAUGGGGGUGUGUGGUUGACAUCGCGGCAGGAUUUGGUUCUGGGAAGCUGACGCUUGCCUCUCCGCCCCGCCCCCCUCCACCCGUGUUGUCUGCUUGUGUUACACACACCGAUGGCAAUAACUUCUUCCAGCUCCUUGGGGCUGGGAGAGGCCUGCAGCCUGCCCCGCCAGGGCGUCUCUCCCGUGCUCCCGCUGGUCCUGUUUUGGCUGCACAGACUCCUCCCUCCUUCCUCAUGCCCUCGCAGCAGCAUUUCUUCUCCUGCACCUGCCUCCCUUCGUGGAUGGACUCUUGCCUUUUAAAAUCCUGUGUUUCUGUGUCCCUCUCAUCUGUCCUGGUCUUGCCGUGUGAUGGGAACGUGCUUGUAAACUGCAUAACAAAUCUAUUUCGUGUAUAUGUGUGUUUAUGGGGGUGACUUGUUAUUUCGUCGGUUGCUAGACACCUUUGUAUGACCCUUUGGAGUCCGAGCAGGCCGAGGGCUGGCAGCUCGAGUCGGGACCUGCAGCAGCGAGCCUGUGGGAGGGACCCAGCCACUCCUGGACAAGUGGCUGAGCUCCUAUCUGGCCUCUUUUUUUUUUUUUUU